AUGUCCAACCUCAGUAUUUACGUUCGUCUCGGCGCCGAUGUCCUGACGGAGCAGCAAAUGUUCUACGGCUACAAGGCAGGAUGGGGAUUCCAAAUUCUCAUUACCUUCUCUACAUUCCUCAUCGGAUUCUGCCUUGCUGGACUAUUCCGGGCAAUUGUGGUCGUUCCCCAAGAGCUGAUCUGGCCUGGAGUUCUGGGCGUUACUGCAUUGACCACAACUCUGCAUCAUGCCAACCAGGAACACGUGCAAGUGCGUUACAAUACUUGGAAAAUCUCUCGCUCUGCCUUCUUCGCUAUGGCAUUUUGCAUCUCAUUCUGCUGGUAUUGGUUCCCGGACUUCAUUUUCCCGGCGCUUAGCUUUUUCAGUUUUCCAUGUUGGAUCAAGCCUGAGAGCAAAGUAGUCAAUCAGAUCUUCGUUUUCGACAAUGCCGGAAAGACUUACAAAGUCAAAAGGAUUGUCAAUGCGGCUUCGGGCUACAAGCUUGAUAUAAAAAAGUACCUUGCUUACUCGCCGGUCUAUAUGCCAGUCACCUACGCGUUGAACAUGUUUGGCCUAUCGUUUGCUACCCUGAGCGCUCUUCUUGUUUGGGUUGUGCUUGAAAGGCGUCGUGUCAUGGCCGAUGCAGUCCAAAGAGUGCCUCGGCUGGUCUUUGGGUCCCUUCCCAGUCGCUGCAGAGCAUACAGCGAGGACGAGAAAGGAGACCCGGAUGUUCCCUUGUGGUGGUAUUUGGUCGUAUGCCUCUUAGCCUUGUUCAUGUCAAUGUUCGCCAUUGAGUGGUGGAACGUUGAACUGAGAUGGUACGGUGUUUUGCUGGCAUGUACUGUGGCACUGGUGUUCUAUCCUCCAUUGGCUUUGGUCUAUGCCACUUCUAAUCUCAAGAUCAAUAUCGACAUUUUCUGCCGCAUCGUAGCUGGGUUCGUCUUUGAAGGCAAGGUCCUGGCCAACAUCUGGUUCUUUGACAUCGGAUACAUCACGACCAUCAAAGGUCUUUACUUUGCCCAGGAUAUGAAACUGGCCUACUAUUGCCAUGCAAGCCCUUUCCCUUCCUACUAG